CUGGGUUCCCUGCUGGGGCGCGGCGGAUUCGGCAGCGUCUGCUCGGCGACGCGGCUCUCGAACGGCGCCCCGGUGAGCGGCGGGGCCGGCGGCGGGCGGAGGAGGAGCAGGGCGCAGGAGGAGGAGGAUGGGGCUGGGCAGGGCGGGCGUUGAGCCCAGCCCGCUGCUCCCCUUGGCUUGCAGGUGGCCAUCAAAAGGGUGCCACGGAACCGCAUCCGGCACUGGAGCGAGCUGCCCGACGGCACCAGCGCUCCCCUGGAGGUUGUGCUGCUGGCAAAGGUGUCCGAUGGCUUCCCCGGUGUGGUCCAGCUGCUGGAGUGGCUUGAGCUCCCCAGCGACAUUGUGAUGGUGCUGGAGCGCCCGGAGCACUCUCAGGACCUCCUGCAUUUCAUUCGGGCACGGGGGUUCCUGCGCGAGGAGGUGGCGCGGCAGCUGUUCCGCCAGGUGCUGGAGGCCGUGCGGCACUGCACCAGCUGCGGGGUCCUGCACCGCGAUAUCAAACCAGAGAACAUCCUGGUUGACCUGGCCAUUGGGCAGGCAAAGCUGAUUGACUUUGGCUGUGGCACCUACCUGCAAGACACAGCGUACACUCACUUUGCAGGAACACCAUCAUACAGCCCCCCGGAAUGGACCCGCUUUGGCUGGUACCAUGGCGAGCCAGCUACCAUCUGGUCCCUGGGCAUCCUGCUGCACGAGAUGGUCUGUGGGAAGAUGCCUUUCAGGAGGGGCUGGAACUUCAGCUGGGGCCAGCUCUCGCUGCCACAGCGGCUCUCUCCAGAAUGCCAAAAUCUGAUCAGGCGGUGUUUAUCCAUGCACUCCUUGGACAGACCCUCAUUAGAAGAGGUGUUCUGUCAUUCUUGGAUGCAGGAUAUUCAUCUGCCCUAGAAGAAGGGAGAGAGCCACAGGCACACUUUGAUCCAGGGCCCUGGUAAGUUACAGCUGCACACAUGCCUUGGCAAUGAGAAGCAAAGGAACCCAGCCCGUGUCACUGCACCACUGCACCAGGGUCAUGGGAUGGGAACAUGCAGCCCUUGUGCUGGAGCUGAGCUGCUCUGCCCAGCCCUGGUGGCUGCCAUCCAAGCAGGUUUUGCUUGUCCUGGUUCCCUGACAGCUGGGGCCCUGGGCAGAGCCCUGACAGCCUGG